AUCUCUACUAUCUCGACCAUGAGCGCCUCUGCAGACUCCAGAGUCUCUGGUUUGCUUCAUAGCUUGUUUAGCAAGAAAGCAAGCAAGAAGGCUGAUGAUCGCAGGCCUUUGCGGGAUUGUCAAAAUCGGGCUCUCAACCUGCCACUCAUAGAGCAAACAAACUGGGCUGACGAGUCUCUCGCCGCUCUGGGUAUUGUCUCUCGGCCUUUUGCUGCUCGGUCGUUGUCGGGUUUGAAACCGCGGCUGUGUCAGAAGCCUGUUUACUGCUUGUCUUAUGAACAGGUUGAAGACGCUAUGCAUCCACCCGAGCAAGCUAUUACAGAGUCGACUGCCCCGCGGCAGAAUUGGAUCCCUGAGAAUCGUCAAUUUCACCCCAUCUCAGUCCCAGAGACUUCUGUCCCGCCCGUGAGACCAUCUACAGUCUUACUGGAUCUGAACAAGCUGAAGUUUGAACCUGUACCGUUUAUUCAAUGCCCUACUAACAAUACAGUCUCUGUCUCACUACUAAGCGAAACAAGGAGCCAGCCCGUCCACUAUAUAAUCUCGGAGGAACCCAUCACAGAUCUUUCAACACACUCUCCCCUUCUUGCUCCCGAACAAACUACUACAACCAUGCCUUCUCAAAAGCCAGACUGCAGAUCAGACAUCGACGAGCUCGAAGAUUAUUCUGUUGCGAACAUCAUGCACGAGCCUCCUGUGUUGACCUUCAACGAGCUUGAUUGUCUUGUUUCCUUCGACAAGCAGUCUCUUGACCACAGCUUGAUCUCAACCGACGAGGGAUCAGUGCAGAGCAUUAACGAGGCUCAUUGUUCUGCUACGCAAGAGCUUUCAGUUGUCGCGAAUUCUGAUUCUUUCGGAAGUUUCGUCGCGCCAGAGCACGACACCGAAAGCAAGCCCACCGAUGCCAUCGUCGCUGAAUCCCAAGCCAUGCCCCUAGCCCCAAAGACAAACCAGUCUCACGCCGAAGUCUCGCCAGUAACUCCUGCAAAACUACCUGCUCUCGCUUCGCAUCACGUCAGCAUCUCGAAUCUGCACACGUUCUCGGCGUCUGUCCCGUCUGCUUCGCAUCUAAACAAGCAAGAGGGCGGCAUUGAGGUUUCUCUGCCCGCACCUCAACGCGCAGCCACGCAUAGCGCACGAAUCCAGCUAUUCGCAGAACCUCUGAUCGAUCACGCAAACCCCUGCGUGAUCUCGCAAGCCGACCUGAGCGGUACGCAAGUCGACGGCGGAGACCUGACCCAGACGCUUAAAAACGGGGAAGCCGAAGCCUUCAACCAAGAGCCAGCCGCGAUCUCUUUGUCCGACCCCGCCCCGCACAAUUACCAACCUCUUCCACCGUCAUUAAAUACGACGUUCAAAGCCGCCUUUGCAAGGCCAUACGAGAUCCUCCCAAUUGCUCACCAUACCACCGAGACUCGAACUACGACUCAUAGUCUGCAGUCUGUCAAUGGUACCGACAGUGGAGCUACGCCGGUUAUGGGAUACCUUGCGUCAAUGAGAAAGAGGCUCGAAGAUAUGUAUCUGGCGUGAGCCCUCUCAGCUGUUUUGAGCUUUUGAUUCUGUACUGUUUUUGCGUGAUGACCGUUAAGUUUCUGCCCGAGUUGUAUUGUCCUGUUUUUUUAUUAUGCCUUUGACAAUAAAUCAUUUUAAACCUGAUAACAUCGUAAAUUUCCAC